AGAUCUGAAUGAUUGCAAUAGUUGCAAUAGUUGCUUUUUGUGACGUACAAACGUCUAGGAGCUCAACUAUCACAAAAUCAGACAGGUAAGGACUCAACUGUCCAUAAAUUUGAGGAAAUCACUUGUCAUCCGCAUUCUCCCGCUCCUUCCCACUAGUAAACACACGUACGAUAUAAUUUUUGGAUAUGAACGGCAGACAGUCGACCACGUUAAACGUUGAGGAAAUUACAAACGGUAAGGAUGUUGUAUUUUCGCCACAACUGAACUCUGCAAUAGAAGAAGACGAAAUGGAUGUCCUUGCGAGUUCAAUGAGCGCAGAAGAGGAAUCACUGUUUGUUGCGGUUCGAAGCGGCAACAAAGAAGCAGUUCAAAAUUUGCUCAGUACCAAACGCGUUGAUGUCAAUUGCCGAAAUGCAAACGGUGAAACUGCUCUGCAAACAGCAGUCGAGGAACAAGAUCUCGACAUCAUGCAAAUACUUCUCAAAAACAAUGCUGAGAUCGGUUCGGCUUUGUUUCAAGCUGUCAGGAACAAUUCCUUGCAGUGUGUGAGAAUUUUGGUGGCUUACGACAAAAGUCGUAAAAGCUUCGGUGCGAAGUCGCUCGAAAAGUUUUCUACCAAAGGAACGGGUAGAACUUUAGGGCGGUUUGACGAAUUUCUGACCCCACUCGGCUUGGCUGUGUUAAACGGAAGCUACGAAAUUGUCGAAUUCCUUGUUAGUAAAGGCUACAAAGUUGAACAUCCGCUCACCCGCAAAAGCCAAGAUUUCGCCAAACAAUUCGAGGAGGAAUCAAUGAUCAGGCUUAAAAAUUCUGUUGUGAAAUUAAACACUUACCGUGCAUUGGCGAGCCCUUUGUAUAUAUCACAAUUGUUCUUACACGAAAGCAAAAAUUUGAGUACAAGGAAUACGGAAUAUUCAGCUAGUGAUCCAUUGUUUCGAUCUAUCGUUUUGAAGAAGAAACUGAAAAAGCUUUCUUUUCGUGAAGGCGAGUUUCGAGAUGAUUAUCGAGCUCUCUCCGCUCAGUGUGAGAAUUUUGCAAUUCGGUUAUUGGACGAAUGCAGAAAUCUCGAAGAAAUCGCCGCCGUCAUGGACAUGCCGGAACUGGACAAAAUGGAAGACGACGCGUAUCUGAGGAAUAAGGAACACCAACUGCGUGUGCUCAACCUCGCCAUAAAAUACCAGAAUAUAAAGUUCAUAGCUCACCCUUACAGCCAAGUGAUGCUUAAUUCAGUGGUAUAUAAGGGUACAUCUGGAUGGCAGCAAAUGCGUUUUCCUGUCAAACUCUUCCUGGCGAUGUUAUACACUCUUUUUAUGCCGCUAUGCAUGCUGGUGUAUAUGCUCACUCCGAUCAACCCUCUUACCAAGAAGUUAGAGAUACCCUUGAUCAAGCUAAUGAGCCAGGCCUCCUCUGUUGUCUGGUUCCUAGCUUUGAUAACACUGUCUGCCUUCCAAGAUUAUUAUGACUUGUCCUUACGAUUGUCGCCAUUGAAUGUAAUUAUUGGCAUCUGGGUGAUCGGAAUGACAGUUCAAGAAAUCAAACAAGCUCUUCAUCAAGGAAAAGAGCGAUAUUUUUCAGAAUGGUGGCACCUGGCUGUAAUACCCAUGAUCAUCUGUUACAUCAUAGCCGCUGUUCUGUGGAUUGUGGGCUACGCAUACAUAGCCUCGGGUUCGGGUGAAUGGACCGUGCAUGUCCGGGAGCUACUGGGUUCCACAUCCCUUACCCCAUACCACCUGUUGCUGUUAUCCAACAGUUUCUAUUCCUUUGCAGUAGUGUUGACUUUCUUCGAAGCAUCUCACACUCUACAAGUGAACUCCACCCUAGGGCCGCUGCAUUUGUCGCUUAUGAAUAUGGGCAAAGAUAUCAUGAAGUUUUUCUUCCUUUUUGCUCUCAAUGUAUGUGCGUUUGCCCUUGCGAUGAGAAAACUGUACUCACAGUACGUGCAGUCGACAGCAGCACAUACUAAUAUGGGAAACAACAGCACCACAACCCAUGCUUUUGAAAGAAUCGAAGGAGUAUUAAGUACUUUAUUCUGGGCCCUGUUCGGACAUGCGGAUAAGUCAACCUUUGACACGAAUAAAAACGCUGAGAUCACCGAAAUCACUGGACACUUGCUCUUCGCCACUUACAGUCUCGCUUCCGUGCUAGUUGCAAUGAACCUCCUCAUUGCGAUGCUCAGUAAUACUUUCAAGAAGGUUUCUGAGGAGAAGGAUAUGAAAUUCAAGUUUGCUCGUACCCGUGUUUGGAUGUAUUACGUCAGUAGGAUCAGUCCUCUGCCUCCCCCGUUUAACUUGUUUCCGGUAGGAAAGAUCGCUUUAGGAAUCCGCCGGCUCGUUACACGGUGCAGCUCAAUGGGAGAAUGUCUCGUCUGCAAUGAGAAGCAAGAAUCGUCUCCAAAAACCAAGACAAAUGAGAAGAGACGUCGAAUGGUCAUCAAAAAUCUAAUCCAACGCUAUUUUGAUGUGAACGGAAAAACACAAAAAGAGGAGCCUGUUGAAGAUCAUCCACCUCCAGAAGAGUUACAAUGCAAGCUGAUGGAGGUCACUAAUACAUUACAGAAUCUACAAACUGCGAUAAAGCGGUUCCGUAAAAAAACACCAACGGAAAAGAAUAAGACUGAGAAAACAGAACCGCUCGAGUGAUGCAGCUUGUUUUAACAAGUUGAUUGCUAAGACAAAGAUACAUUCGUAUUGCUCACUAAAUAGAUUUUGAAAUGAAAAAGAAUUAGUUAAUGUAACGGGGAAAAUUCUGUGAUACAAUGACACUGACUCAUCUGGCCACUCUAGCGCAUGUGAUAAAUUACAUUUUAUGAGUUCUACUCGAUAAUCAAAGUAUAUCGAAAUAGCUUUUUGCCAGAAAUCGGUUUGUGGGAUGGGUGUCGUCCAAACAAUGAAGAGUAGCAUAAGAAGUCGAAUUUUAUUGUAAAGCAUACAAUUUCGCUACAUACCAUUAGUAAGAUACCGUAAGUAAUUUACCGUAACAUAUUGAAAGUAGUGUAAUAUGUCGUAAAAUAAUGUAAAUGUAGAGUAUUGUGUAGGUAGUGUAAGUAAUCGAGAGUAAGUCAUCUUACUGUAAUAAAGUUUAGUAUAACAUAG